AUGGCACCUUCAGGGCCUUCUUCUCUCCAAGUUAAAAUAACCUCCCUUCCUUUACACGUUUCUUUGGCUCAACAUUUGCCUCAAAUGGUUUUUACUGUUGUUGGUAGAUUUGCAAAUGAAAGGAUUUUUUGUGUUAGCGAAUCGCCAGUCUCUCAAUUACGUUUUAUAUGUGUUGAUUGUGCACAGAGAAAUAUUACAGACAUGUUUGAUUAUUUAAAUAGAGCACAGGAUAUGACACACGAAACUGGAUUUCCGGUAAUUUUUUUUCUGGCUUUUUUCUGUCGUUUCUUUGAUUUUGGGGGGUUUUUUUCUUUGUGUCGGCACUUUGAUUGUAUUUUGCUAUUUAGUAAAUUAAUCUUUUCCUAG